AUGGAGAACAAGACUGCGUUUGUAUCUGAGUUUAUUCUUGUGGGCUUCACUGACAUCCGAUGGCUGCAGAUCCUCCUCUUCCUGAUUCUUCUCAUCACCUACCUCUUGACUCUGUUGGGGAACAUCGUGAUAAUUUCCAUCACCUUGGUUGACCAUCGCCUCCAGACGCCCAUGUACUUUUUCCUCAGAAACUUCUCUCUUUUGGAAAUUGGCUUCACCUCUUCCUCUAUCCCAAAGGUUUUGUUCAACUUGGCUUCUGGCAGCAACACAAUUUCUCUUGCAGGAUGUUUUGCACAAACAUUUUUCUAUUUCAUUGUGGGCACCACAGAAUUCUUCCUUCUGGCCACCAUGUCCUUUGAUCGGUAUGUUGCCAUCUGUAAUCCCCUUCGCUACAUGACCAUCAUGAAUGGCCGAUUCUGCACCCAGUUAGUGCUGGGUUCCUGGAUUAUCAGUUUCCUGUACCUUAUAGUCCCUCUUGUGUUGUUGUUUCGUUUGCCCUUCUGUGGUCCAAAUAUCAUCAAUCACUUCUUCUGUGAUAACAUACCGCUAGUCAAACUGGCCUGCACAGACACCACAUUCCUAGAACUGCUGGAUUUUUUCCUGGCCACAGUUAGUGUACUGGGAACUUUAACUGUUACCAUUGUUUCCUAUGUUAAAAUAAUUUCAGCCAUCAUGCACAUCCCUUCUACAUUGGGGAGGCAAAAAGCCUUCUCCACUUGUGCUUCCCACAUCACCGUAGUCUUCAUCACCUACGGGAGCUGCAUUUUCAUGUAUGUCAAGCCAGCACAGAGUGGAGGUUUGGAUUUCAGUAAGACCGUGGGUGUUCUGAAUAACAUUGUGUCUCCUUUGCUCAACCCAUUCAUCUACAGCCUAAGGAACAAGCAGGUCAAAGAAGCCUUGAAGGAUGUGGUUGGGCAGAGAAGAAUGUUUUCUAGAAUUACCAAAAGAUGA